AUGAAUAAUAAUCGCGAAUCUAAAAUACCCAUACAGAAUAAAAUAUUUCAUUUUGACGAUCAUCAUAUUGAGAAAAUUUGUGUGAGUUUAGAAAACGGUAAGUAUAUUAUUAUAACUAUUAUUAUUGUACACUAAUAUUUAGUUAAGUAACACUAUAUUAAUUGUUCCCACUUUUGUCCUGUAGAAAUGCACCUAUACUAAUGUAGCCAUGUAGAACGUAUAGGUAGGUAUACAAACUGUUGUAUACAUUAUUGCAGUAAUUAACUUUUAAAGUAUACACUCUGCAGGGACGAACCGAGAGUGGGUUAUGGGGGGAAGGGGUGCGACACUCCCUCAUUCAGCAAUAUUAGAAUUCUAGUCGGCAAUCGUCACUUGGUAAAUUUAUUCGACCAAAAUAUAUUAGUAUACAACAUUAUUUCAAAAUGAGAAAAAGAAAAUUGAAUAACCACAAAUUCGUUGAGAAUAACCGGUGAUUAUUUCUCCUCAAAAUUGGAAUCGGCUACAAACUUAUGAAAUUCGUUUGAUUUCACCGGUCACACUGGUUAUAAAUCGAUCAUACAAUUUUGUGACCAUCUUGGAUAGAUGGUGACGACCGGUAACUUUUCAUCAUCCCUUCCAAAAUUAUUAUUUCUCCUCCUAAACCAUCGGCGCAGCGUCUAGGACAUGUCAUUGUUAUUAUCGUAGCUGUUUAAGUUGUUAUUGUUGUUGUAUUGUUGUCUGUCAUACAAAAUGAGUAUCUUCUUAUUAUUUCUUAUUAUUAUUUUGCAAUUGAAGAGGGUAAGUCAUCUAUAAAGAAUGUAAGUUAAACGAAUAUCUUCACCGUUGUCACCAUCUCAUCGGUUACUAUGAACUGUAACCGUUGAAUUGAACCGUAAAAUGGUUUACUAUCAAUUUGUAACCGGUGACUUAACGAAUUUGUAGUAAAUGAUUUAUUAGUUUAAUACGAUUUAAUUAACUAUAAAUAAGUUAAAAUUAUUAGUUUAACUUGUUAUUUCUGGGCGACUAUGCAAGUACAGUGUCGAGUGUCGAGGCAGUUUAGUGAGAGUCAGUACAAGAUAACUAAAUCUACCUAGGUAACUAUUACUUAUUUUACAUUAUUAGCAACGUUCCGUUUCAUGGUAUCGUAAUUCUAAUCGACAAUGUAUUACUCUACAGUUUUUGGGCUGUAAGUUGUAUGUAAAUUUAACAUUAAAACACUCCUCUCUCUCUUUUGAAAAUCCUGGCUACGCGCCUGUUCUGUUGUUAUUAUUUGAUUAUAAUGUUUUAUUAUUUAUGAUAAUUUAGAGAUUGAGAAUUUAAAAGUAAUCAAAAAUCAAAACCAGGCAUUUAAAACACCCGAUGGUCAGCAUUUUAAAGCGGCUUUGUAUGAAACUAAAACAAUAACACUUUUAGAAUUGCCAUCGUUGGCACCGUCUAUUAAGACCACUUCAAAUACACAAAAAGAGGUUAGUAUAAAACUAUGAAUAUUUCUUUAGAAACAGGUAGGUUAUAUAGGUACCUACUCAAUUUAUCAUAUUAUGCAGAACCACGUUUAAUGAAGGACAAUUGUCAGUGGCGGACAUUUUCCGUGAACCAACAUAGUAAACUAACAACUGACAUUAUUUAUAAAACAACAAAAAGUAGUUUACCCAUAGAAAGUUUAGAUAAAUGUGGGAUCACCCCCCCCCUCCUUGGGGUUUUCGUUACCACUAUGAAUUAUUACCUACAAAUUUAAAAAUUGUACCAUAUUACCACUUUGAAUUUGAAAUUCGCUCCCCUCUCUUCCGAGCUCAUUAAACUAUGUACAUACACAACUAUCUUUUAGAUAUAGAUACCGCUUAUAAUGUUAAUUUCAGAUAAACGAAAGCAGUAAAUAUGUCUUACAUGAUGCUGUACAAACUUCAAGAAGUUUUCAAAGAACACAACACACGCAAACAGAGCCAAUCACUUUGAAAGUAAUUUUUAGUUAAAAUAAUGAUCUAUUUAAAUAUUUUGUUUAAUUUCCACGUAUUAAUGUUAAAAUCCCACUUCUAAUUAUAUUUUAUUAUAAAUUAAUUAUAUUAUUUAUUUAUUUAUGAUUUAUUGCAUCUACCUAUAAAUCAUAAUUUUAAAAAUUUUAUAAAUUAUAAAAUUAUGAUUUAUAGGUAGAUGCAAUAAAUCAUAAUUUUAUAAUUUAUUCAUAGGAUCAAUCAAACAUUGUGUCUGUAUGGUUGCUUCAAAAAGAAAUCGUCGAUAAAUCAUUCGUAAAAGAAAAAGGUAGAUUAACUCUUAACCAUUAUGACGGCAAGUCCAUAACUGAAGAAAAAUAAUUUCACGGGGGUUAUAAAUUAAAAAUGUGUGAUGUUCUAAUUUUAUUGAAAUUUUAUAUAGGUUAUAAUAUAAUUAUGUAUCAAUAUAACAUGAACAAUUUCUGAGUGUGGGAUGAGGUGAGUGGAACCUCUAAAACCUCCACCCAAGUUCGGCUUUGUGUGAUGUUAAUGUAUAAUUGUUCUUUAAAAAUAUUUCUGGAAGAAGGUUAAUUACAUUAUUGUAACUAAACAUCAUAUUUGAAAUGUUUAAAAAAUAAACCAUAAAAAAUAAUAAUUUUUUGUCAAUGUUAAAUCUCAAUUAACUAUAUUUUGCUACUUUUUUUUAGAAACCGAACCAAAUAAUUUAAAGAAAAUGGUAUUUAUAUCCGAUCGAAUUGUGACGUCAAAUAAUUUUUCCAAAAGUCAAAUCGAAUUUAUAAUGCGGCAACCGAGUGAUAGUAAGUAUACGUAUAUUCAGGCCCGUUGUAGGGGCUUGGAGGCCCAUAUUAGUAAGGGGUAAUAUUUUAUUAAAAUGAGAACAGACUGUUUAUUUCCGAAAUUUUCUGAUUAUUAUCAAAAUAUAUUAUACUCCCCGUCGCCGGACGGUUCUUUGGUGUUCGGUGGGAGUUUGUAUUAUAUAGGUACCUAUAUUUCUCCAAACCACGAGAUUUUAUAUUAUCUUAUCGACUAUUGCUCUUUUAUUUUGGAAAAAUCCGAUUGUUUGUUGGUGUGUCGAUUAUUUUUAAAUUAUAAUUAUAGUGUACCUAUGUACUUCGUGUAUCUAUGGUAGAAAAUAAAAAAGCUAAAAGCCCGGGAGGCGAUCAAAGCCUAGAUGCCUUGAUUAGGCCGACACUGAAUACCAACCCAGUUUAGCACAUAGUUUUUUUUUUUUUUUCAUUUUAUCCGUGUUACUAAGGUAUAUUGGUAUAAAAUUUACACGUUUAUUUUAAUUAAUAACUAAUUAUUUACUAACUUAAUUUGACUAAAUUUAUGUUUAAAACCUGCUCUGUGAUGUCUUCUUUAAUUUAAAAAAACUGCAUGGCGAUUGAAUAAAUAGUUUCGAAGUUAACCCGUAACAAAGAUUUCCAUAUUCGCUUUUGUAGAUAUUAGUUUUUCGUAUAUAGAUGCAUAAUUUCAAUAUUAACAAUUCACUCCUAUAUUUUCUAACAUAAACACUUAAUUAAUUGUACCUAUUAUAAAUGUAUAGAUUUUAAUACAACGUUUUAUCGCUAUACAAUAGAAGAAAUAUUACAAUUUUCAAACGAUAAACUAAUGAAUUUUACAAUCACGUCAUUUAUAUGGAACAGUGCGAAUGAAGUAAAUUAUAUUAUCAAUACCUAAUAUAGUAUACAGUAUAGUGUGUACAGAUUCUAGAGUAGUAUACUUAGUUACGGUAUACUAAUAAUUGCUUAUUGCCAAAAAUAUAAAACAUUUAUUUUAAUUUCAUUUUUUUUACUAACUAUUUUUAGAAUAUAUUCGCAGUAGGAUACGGUAAAUAUAAUGACAAAUCGUUCACCUGCUUUAAAGGAGCCGUGUGUUGUUGGUCGCUCAAAAAUCCAGUAUAUCCAGAAAGGAUAUACGAAUUCGACCAGCCCAUUACUUGUCUCGAUUUUUCAAAAAUCAACGUUAAUGUCCUUGUCGCCGGCAGUUAUGGAGGAUAUAUCUACACUUUGGAUAUAAGUCGAGAAAUUUGUAAUCCAGUUAUAAUCAAUAAGUAAAAAUAUGAUUUUUUUUUUAUUUAUUUACUUAUUUUUAUUCCGAAGGUAGGUUUGUUAUUUAUAUAGCUUUAUAGCUACAUACAAAUAACUAAAUAAAUAGGUAGGUAUAAUUAUUCUACUGAUUAGAACUAAGCUUCGACAAGUUAGUCAAAUUUCCUAAUUAAUUAAAGUUAAAAUAAUAAUACUGAAUUUAAUUAUUAUUUAUUGCACAGUUAAACAUUGAAUUGUACAAUAUAUACGCUCAAAUAUUUGGCCUUCAGGCUCCAGCACCUAUAACUAGUCCAGUUCAUCUUGGCUAUCGGUAAUAUUAUGGAUUUUUUUAAAUUCGUAACAGUCGCCAAUGGCCAAGAUGAUCUUGAUAACAAGUUAUAAUAGACGCUCAACUAGACGAUAUCACGGUUUUAUAUUUUACAAACACUUGUUGUUUAAAUACACUAUCUAUACGAUAUUUCAUUGAUAUUAGUAAAAUGUAUGUCUUCAAAUCUUUUGAUCUAAAUGCUAUUCGACCAGUGGCGUCAUUUAAAUUUUUUUUGGAACAUAAUAUGUAUUAUGAUUACUUAGAAACUCAGGCCACAAAUCUUAUUUACAAUUUUCAAUAUAAUAAAAAUAAAAUAAUCCACAUAUUUUCCAACAUAUCUAUUAAACCGUGCAAUAAAACAUUAAGUAAUAUAAAUAAUAAAUUUUAAUCCACAAAACAUGACAAUUAUAAAGAAUUUGAUAAUCAUGAACAAUAUUCACGUAAUAUUCUAAUCAAGUUUUCGGUUUUAAAUCAAAAGAAAAACAAAAUACAAAUUUAAAAAUAAAAUAUGUAGAUUAGUUAUGCGCAAUCCAUUAUCCAUUAUUUAGGUCAAACGAUUUAUAACACCCAAUCAAAUUACUUUAAUAUUGAAUUUUAAAUACGCAAAUGCAUACUUUGUGUGAUCCAAAUGACAAAUUUAGGUAAAACGUGCAAUUCAACGAUUCCGGUAGUACCUAUAUAAAACCAUGACGUAUGCAAUAAAAUAUGUAUGGUAAUGUACAUUGGCACAUUAUAAAUUAUAUUUUAUAAUCAGUAACAUUUUGUAAUGAACUUAAUUUUCAGUCUAAAGCCGCGUUUACACGAUUUACUUUUGAUGAAUUUUCGAUGAAUUAAAAAUGAACAAUAUAAACAUAAAAUCAUUAAAUUGAUCAUCCAGCAUGAACAAUGAACGAAUUUGGGAUAAGUCUUAUUUUUUUCACAUUAAGUGAAUCAUUUUGAGUGAUUAUAGUUUAAUCAUUAAAAGUGAACCGUGUAAACGCUGCUUUCAUUUUCACUACCAGUGAAACACUCGUUUUUUCAACGUGAUAAACAGUUAUCCACAUUAACCAAAUUUUUCCAUCAACCAAUUUUAUGAUAUUUUUUUGGUUUUCUACUUUUGAAAAAAAAAAAUUUGAGCAGUUGAUCCUAAACUAUGAGCAUAUAACUUAUAAAGCAGGGGAAUAUCCUACCUACAUCCUUUCUUAUAAUGUAUUUAUUUUAUUUUAUUCAAUUUACAGACAUAAUAAUUAAUAUUAUAAUUAUAUAAUUAUAUAAUUCAAUAGGUUUAUAAUAAAAUUUUCAGAUGACAAGGUUAUUAAUAAUAAUAAUAUAUUAGUUAGGUUAAGGUAACUAUCUGUUUGGAAAAUAAGAAAAAGAAACAGUAAUGGGAUUUAUUUAAUUUAAUUAUUUACUAUCUACAUUUCUCAUACGGCUUUAUUACUAUGCACAGAGUGAUUUUUUUUUUUAUCAUGAAUCAGCAAUUUUCUCAAAAUAUUUCAAAUGAAGUUAAUUUCUGUUUUUUUUAAUCAUUGUGGAAUCAGUUAAGAUUUAUUUUAAAAUAAUUUUUAUUUUUUACCCCUACUUCAUAUAUCUUAAAUAAGUAUAAUCAAAUUCAUUUAAAAUUUUCCGAGAUAAUUGUUGGUUCAUGAUAAAAAAAAUCACUCUGUAUUAUAUUAUUCAAACAUUUCAAACUGGUAUUAAAAUACAUUAUAUGCACUUAUUGAAAUUUAUUGCACCCUAUUACACUAACAGAUAAAGUAUCUAAUUAAACAUGAUUAUCACAUGUUCUAGGAAAUAUUUACAAAACUUUCCUAUAUGGAGUGUAGUUUCAUUUUUUCAAAAAAGUUAUACUUCAGAAGAUGAGUUUGUACUGUCAGCAGAUAGUAAUGGGACAGUACGGAAAUAUUCAAUUAUUAAUGAAGCAUGCCAUUCAGGUAAAUAGUAUAAAUAGAUAUAGCUGGUACAUACCUAUGAGUAUCAUCCUGUAAUUUUUUAUAAUAAUACUCAGACACUCUUUUUUGUCCUACAAAUAACUCCACUUAUAAAAGUAGGGACAAAAUAAAUGUAUCAUUGGAAAGGCGUUGACAAAUAGAGUUGCAUAAACUAAAAAAAUUGCACAAAGGUAUAUUGCUUUUAAGACAGAUAAAAUCAUAUAAACGAAAUAAAUACAUGCUUUUCAUGGGCGGCAUAUACGUUUUGGCAAAUUACCUUUUUUUCCGCAUAAUAAAAACAGUGUAUUUGGAUAAGCUUCUCAGUGUUUAAGCAAAUUUCUAAUAACGUAUUUGAACGAGUAUGGUAGUAGGUACAAUAUAAAAUAUAAAAAGAUAAAAUUUUAAACAACACAUACUAAAAAUGUUAUAAGCCCAGUUCAGACGAUCAAAUAUUUAAUCAAAUUAUCCAUAACCAAAACUCUGUAGUAAUUUAAUUUGUACAAUAAUUAUCAUAGGUAGUACCAUUUAUUACCUAUUGAUUUAUAAUCAAUGGUAAUAGGUACUAAUCACGAUGCAAAUAAAAUUUCAUCAACAUCGUGGUACUAAAUUAUUACUUAUUAGGAUAUUCUUACAUUAGAACUACAACAUGAGUUACGACCGUGAAUAAUUAAUAAGACUAUAUAAAUUAUAGAAACUAAGGAAAUUCAUCACAAUAUGGGAGUGAUGUAACAGCAGUAUGAGGAACAUUUGUUUCUAUUUUAUUCAAUUUCGCAUUCCAAAUAUUUAUUUCUGCUUUUAAUACUAAUUCUGAACUUGAAUGUAAAUCUUGGGCACAGAUCAUUCCAGUCUUUACUAUAGCCCCAGUAUUGUAUGCAUCUUUUUUAAUUAGAAAUAGCCCUUCAAGUGGAAUAACUAUAGAAAAUUUAUCACUGAAUCUAGAUUUUAAUUCUUGAAUAAUGUGGUAUAAAAAUUGUUAUUUUAAACCACUUUAUAGGAUUUAUGUUGAUGUUGGCAUUAAUCUUUUUCCUCUUUGUUUGGAGACCACUAAGUCGAGGGACUUUUAAUUCUUCAAAAAUGUUAUAUUCAUGGCCCGACGGAAGAAAAAAGUGGUCCAAUUCAAAUGUUUGCAUCUCUAUUGUAAAACUGAAAUUAUGCCCUUGUAUUUAUUUUAACUUGAAUUAUGUUUUAUUUAUUUCAUAGGUUUCAUUUAUUAACGGCCCGAUGUAUACCUUUGUGCAUUAUAUUUAAUAUUAAUAUUUUUAAAUUUAUCGGUUUUAGAACAGAUUUCGUUGAUUUAUUGUGGUAUUCGAAACAAUGUGGACAUUACUGUAAAAACGAACAAAAAUUACGAUUCAACAAUAAUUGUACAAAACAUGUCCGGAACAACCAUAACGUUUCAUCCGGUGUACAAAAAUACAUAUUUCAUAGGAACUAACGUUGGUUAUAUCGUACAGGUAUAUUUAUAAAAUAAAAAAAAAUUGUACAUCUACAACAUAUUAUAUAAAUGUAACAUAUCGUAAGUUCAUGAUAUCAAUACCUAUAAUAGUCAUAAACAAGGUGGCUUAUAUACCGCUUUGGUUAAAUUUUGCAUAUAUUCAAUUUCUGAUUUUUGGAAUUUUUAAGUGUAGUUAAAGCCGAUAUUUUCGAAUAUUAAGAUUUUUUAUAACAUUUAAGAAGUAUUCUAUGGUGAUAUCAAUUUGGGUAUUUAGAAUGAGAACUUAUAUUGAAAAUUCCACAAAUAGACGGAGUAUUACUUUAAAUAAAUUUUGGUGUCAGAAUUUUUGAUUUCCGUCAACCCGUUAACGAGAUAUUCCACUUUUAAGUUUAGGUGACGGAGGAGUAGUGGAGUAUCAUUUUGUGUUAAUUUUAUAACAUUUAUAAGUGCUUCACUGUUCUCCCCCUACCGAAAUUUAAAAGUGGAAUAUCUCGUUAACGGGUAGACGGAAAUCAAAUAUUUAAUUAAAUAAAUGGGGUGAGCACGCUUAUUGAAUCACUCUGUAUAAUGCCUGUAUAGUGUUCAUGCGUUUCCAAUAGUUUAAAUUUAUGUAGAAUACGAUUGAUAGCUACAACCAUUACGACAAAAUGUUUAUGGCCCACGAUGGUCCGGUUUAUGGAAUUAAAUUUUCUCCGUUCUGCUCGAGUAUUUUCAUUACGUACGGUGCCGACUGGAAAAUCAAAAUUUGGAUGGAAAACACAGAGUCACCGCUUUUAUCUCUGAGCUAUUGUGUGCGUUUAUUAUUAUUAUUCGUACAACCUGAGCUAUUGUUUAAGUACUUAGGUAAUAAUAUUUUAGAACGCUGUAGUUGACGCCGACUGGUCGCCUAUAAACUCCACUGUGAUAGUCAGUGUUAGCGGUUCAGUCAUAUGCAUUUGGGAUUUUGCGAGAAAAACAGUCGAACCUGUAAUGACGUUUACAUGCAAAACCGGCAUUCAUUUCUCAUUGGUAAAAUUUUCAAAACAUGGAAACGUAAAUAGUAUUCAUUAAUUCAGGCUAAAUAAAAUAUAUAAUAUAGGAAUUAUUAUUAUUAAUUUAUUUUUAUUUUAGAAUAUUAUCACAGGGGACGUAAACGGAUUAGUUAGGUGUUUUCACAUAAAUAACAUGCCUUCACCAUCAUUCCUCCAGGUAAACUAUUUAAUAUUUAUUUUAAUUAGGUAAUAUACCUAUUUAGGUACCCGAUUAAAUGAAAUACCUAUAAGUAUUUGUGUUUUAAUUUUUUAAACAAAACGUAGAUCAAAUAAUAUACUUUGCACAUGAGUGGCGGUCACUGGGUAUUUAUUCUAUCUCUAUUAUAAUAUCAAAUACCUAUUAAUUUAUUACCAUAAUAAUAUAAUACCUACUUAAGUGUUGUGCAUAUUUGUGAACACAUGAAAGCUCCUUCUUCGUUUAGUUCGAGUUUGAAUAUUUAAAACAUAAAAUUAUUUGAUUUCAGAAAGUUCAUAACAUUUUGUAGGGAUUAUGGAGUCUUUCGUUGUAUGUAAGGUAUUUGAAUCAAAUAGUGCUGAUUUAUCAUUGCUUUCAAUAUUUAAAAAACAAGGUAGGUUCCAGAUUUGUUUUCAAAUAUUAUUAUGAUAUAUCAUGCAUAAUGUCCUUGACGGUUUCGUAGUUUAAUCACUUUCUUUUUGGUUGAUCUUUGACCUUUCGUCCUGACUUUAGUUCUCUGUUUUGUGACCAUUAUCUUUCCAAAAGUAAAAUGUUCACCAAUGUCAGGACAUAUUCCAGUAGGGCAAAAGGAUAUGAGAGAAAUACUAUUCGUGAUAAAUUUAAUUCUGGAAAAAUAUUGUUAAUCAACAAGGUAUAAUAAUUAUCAUUUUUUUUUUUUUUUUUUGCAGAAAAAUUCUAUUAUAACAGCAUUAGAAAAUAUGGUAUCAUCAAACAAAGAGCUCGUACAGUUUUUACGAAAAAAAAGGUAUUGACUGAAUGUGAAAUGUAACUGUGCAUUAGUUAACUAAGUAAUAAUAAAUAGAUAAACAUUU